UCGGGCUCCCGGGAGCAGGGGCGGAAUGGGGGGCGGCGGAGCGAGACCCGGGAGACUGCUGCCCGUGCUCGCCCUGCUGUCCUGGGCAGCCGGCCUGGGCGUGGCGGAGGAGACGCCCUCGUGCAUCCCUGCAGAUAAGUUAUUAGUCCUAACUGUAGCAACAAAAGAAAAUGAUGGAUUCCACCGAUUUAUGAAUUCAGCCAAAUAUUUCAAUUAUACUGUGAAGGUUCUUGGUCAAGGGCAAGAGUGGAGAGGUGGUGAUGGGAUUAAUAGUAUUGGAGGCGGCCAGAAGGUGAGAUUAAUGAAACAAGCCAUGGAACAGUAUGCCAGCCAGGAGGAUCUGAUUAUCUUGUUCACUGAAUGUUUUGAUGUUGUGUUUGCUGGUGGGCCUGAAGAACUCCUGAAAAAGUUCCAAAAGACAAAUCACAAAAUAGUCUUUGCAGCUGACGGGCUGCUGUGGCCAGAUAAGCGGCUGGCAGACAAGUAUCCUGUGGUGCACAUUGGGAAACGCUACCUGAAUUCUGGAGGCUUUAUUGGCUAUGCGCCAUUCAUCAGCCGUUUGGUCCAGCAGUGGAAUCUGCAGGAUAACGAUGAUGACCAGCUCUUCUACACCAAGAUUUACAUCGACCCAGUGAAGAGGGAAGCUUUGAACAUCACGCUGGACCACAAAUGCAAAAUUUUCCAGGCCUUGAACGGAGCCACAGAUGAAGUCGUUUUAAAAUUUGAAAAUGGUAAAAGCAGAGUGAAGAAUACAUUUUAUGAAACCCUGCCAGUGGCAAUUAAUGGAAACGGGCCCACGAAAAUUCUUCUGAAUUACUUCGGAAACUAUGUUCCAAAUUCAUGGACACAGGAAAAUGGCUGUGCUCUUUGCGACUUUGACACAAUUGACUUGUCCACAGUAGAAAUCCAUCCAAAGGUAACAAUAGGUGUCUUUAUUGAGCAACCAACCCCCUUUCUACCUCGAUUCUUGGACUUACUGUUAACAUUGGAUUAUCCCAAAGAAGCGCUUCAGCUGUUUAUUCAUAACAGAGAAGUUUAUCAUGAAAAGGACAUCAAGGUGUUUGUUGAUAAAGCUAAACAUGAGAUCAGUGUAAUAAAAAUCGUAGGACCGGAGGAAAAUCUAAGUCAAGCGGAAGCGAGAAACAUGGGAAUGGAUUUCUGCCGUCAGGAUGAAAAGUGUGACUACUACUUUAGUGUGGAUGCAGAUGUUGUUUUGACAAACCCAAGGACUUUAAAAAUUUUGAUCGAACAAAACAGGAAGAUCAUAGCUCCUCUUGUGACACGUCAUGGAAAGCUUUGGUCCAACUUCUGGGGAGCACUGAGUCCUGACGGAUACUACGCUCGCUCUGAAGAUUAUGUGGAUAUCGUUCAGGGAAAUAGAGUAGGAAUUUGGAAUGUCCCAUACAUGGCUAAUGUGUACUUAAUUCAAGGAAAGACACUCCGAUCAGAGAUGAGUGAAAGGAACUAUUUUGUCCGCGAUAAACUGGACCCUGAUAUGGCUCUUUGCCGCAAUGCUAGAGAAAUGACCUUACAAAGGGAAAAAGACUCCCCUACUCCGGAAACAAUCCAAAUGCUCAGCCCCCCAAAGGGUGUGUUUAUGUACAUUUCUAACAGACAUGAAUUUGGACGGCUGUUAUCAACUGCUAAUUACAACACUUCUCAUCUCAACAAUGACCUCUGGCAGAUAUUUGAAAACCCUGUGGAUUGGAAGGAAAAAUACAUAAACCGUGAUUAUUCAAAGAUUUUCACUGAAAAUAUAGUCGAGCAGCCUUGUCCGGAUGUCUUCUGGUUUCCCAUAUUUUCUGAAAGAGCCUGUGAUGAGUUAGUAGAGGAAAUGGAACAUUAUGGCAAGUGGUCCGGGGGAAAGCAUCACGAUAGCCGUAUAUCUGGCGGUUAUGAGAAUGUCCCGACGGAUGAUAUCCAUAUGAAGCAAAUCGAUCUGGAGCACGUUUGGCUCCACUUCAUCCGCGAGUUCAUUGCUCCAGUCACGCUGAAGGUCUUCGCAGGCUAUUACACAAAGGGGUUCGCACUGCUCAACUUUGUGGUCAAGUACUCACCCGAAAGACAGCGUUCCCUCCGUCCCCACCAUGAUGCCUCCACAUUUACCAUCAACAUUGCUCUAAAUAAUGUCGGAGUGGAUUUUCAGGGAGGUGGAUGCAAAUUCCUAAGAUAUAAUUGCUCCAUUGAAUCUCCACGAAAAGGCUGGAGUUUCAUGCAUCCUGGGAGACUUACACAUCUGCAUGAAGGGCUUCCUGUUAAAAAUGGAACAAGAUACAUUGCCGUGUCAUUUAUAGAUCCCUAAGUUAUUUACUUAACGUGGACUGAAUCUCUGAGAUGGAGGACUGGCAUGAACAUGGCUUUGAAGUUGUGCUUGAGACGAUGAGAGGAAUAUUUAAAUAAUGUCAACAAAACAACUUCACUUUGGGCCAAGCAUUUGAAAACUUUUCAUAGGAAAUUGUUUGAUGUUUCUUAACGUCUGCUCUGAGCCUUAAAACACAGGUUGAAGAAGAAAAGAAAGGAAAAAAAAAGUGACGGUCGUCGGUAUUUAUUUCUAUGCUUUAAUUGUCUUUGAAAGUAAUAACAGUUUAUGAAAUGUUUAGGUACAAAGUCAUGAAUGACAAUAAAUAAGUCUAGUAAUAUUUUCUUAUUUAAGGAAAACCUGAGAUUUUAUUUAUCGGUGUGGAGAAGUGUAGAAAACAGUUAUAAAUGAAAAUCAGCAAGUCUGGAAACCCACAUUUCUGAAACAUUACUGAAUUUGUACGUAAUUAUUAAGUCGUGAUGACCUCUGUGCGGGUCUGUUGUUCAGUAAUUAGGAAGAAAACCCAAAGAAAUAUUGCACAAAGCUUUUCCUUAAGAAACUCUAGUGCAAACAGCCAGUGGGAGCGAAUCCAUUGGAAAUACACAUAGUGUGUGAGGCAGAUCCUCUUUUCUGUUGGAAAUUGGACCCUUGUGUUACUCCAGGGCAAGCUCUCAGGGGAAGCUCAUGGCUUUCUGCUUUGCUAAGUGCUUCAAGUGUAAACUCCCAAGUGUCCUUAUGUCAAGCAGGAUUGUUUGUUUCUUUCUGUUUUUUUUUUUCCUAAAUAUAGAAAAUAGUGAGAGGAAAAAAAAAAACAAUUUUAUUGAGAUUAGUAGUAAAUUUUAUAAUUUUUUUAAAAACUUCUUAAGUACUUGAAUUUUAUAUCAGGAAAACAGUUUUUGAGCCUUGUUUCGGUAACAUUUAGCCUUAGUUGUUCUUUGUUAAAUUUUUUUUUGGGGGGGGGCAUGCUUUUUUUUUCCCCUCACCAUAAUCUAAUUUAUCAUUUUUUAGUCUUAUUACUUUUGCUUUAUCCCACUUUUUAAAAAAUUUCCACAGCAAAAAUUAUUUCAAUUUUUAAUAUUUCUCUGAAUGAGGUUUAAAUAUCUUUUCUAUAGCUACUGUUUUUAAUUUAAAGGUUAAACUUGAAGAAAGUUCUUAUUCAUGGUGCCAAAAUUCAUUUUUCUAACUCUGUGUGUUAGAAAAUGAUGAAAAAUAAAAUAACUUAAAAUAAA